UCUCUCUCUCAUUUGAAUUAAUUAACCAAGCCUUUUAAAUUGAUUAUGUCAAUACUAUUUAUUAUGCUAUAACAAAUUGAGGAUUAUAGGUAAUAAAACAGAACAAAGUAUAUUCAUUGCUUAAUCACGUGAUCCGAACUAUUUAAAAUAGUAACCACUAAUUAAUAGUUCAAUUUGGUGAUUGAAAAAAAACAUAUGAUGGGGUCACAAAGAAAACAUAAAUUCUGCAUAUUAAUAUUCCUCCUAUGAACAAAGAAAACCCCAUUAAACAGAAAUAUGACGCACCCCCCCACUUUCAUACCUCCCUUUUCUUCUCUCUAGACUUUAUAUUGAAAAUGACACCAAUUUGCCAUUUUUUAAAUUAAUAAAAAAAAAUUAAUCCAAUUUUCUUUUUAAAAAAAGACAGCAAGUGCCAAGUGUACAGGUAGGAUUGAAGUUGGACGACCAUUUGGAUAUAAAAGGGGACCAAUUACUUAAACCCAUGUACUUCUUCAUUCCUUUCUACACAUUUUCUUACUUCUUUCCAAUUCCCAUUCUAUCAAUCUUUUCACACACACACACACACACAAAAAAAGAAAAAGAAAAUUGUAAUGGAAAAUAGGGUCCAAAAGCAGACAGAAGCAUCAAGAUUCAAGAGGAUUUGUGUUUUCUGUGGCAGCAGCCCAGGCAAGAAUCCAAGUUAUCAAUUAGCUGCCGUACAACUCGGAGCACAACUGGUUGAAAGGAACAUAGACUUGGUAUACGGUGGUGGAAGCAUCGGCUUGAUGGGACUUGUCUCUCAAGCUGUGUAUAACGGUGGCCGCCACGUGUUAGGUGUGAUUCCCACAACUUUAAUGCCUAGAGAGAUAACAGGGGAGCCUGUGGGAGAAGUGAGAGCAGUUUCUGGAAUGCAUCAAAGGAAGGCUGAGAUGAAUAGGCAAGCUGAUGCUUUUAUUGCCUUGCCUGGGGGGUAUGGUACAUUGGAGGAGUUGUUGGAGGUCAUCACUUGGGCUCAACUUGGAAUCCAUCACAAACCGGUGGGUUUACUGAAUGUGGAUGGUUACUACAACUCACUACUGAGUUUUAUAGACAAGGCUGUAGAUGAAGGUUUCAUUACACCGUCUGCCCGUCACAUUAUUUUAUCUGCCCCAACUGCCCAUGAACUUAUGUCCAAGCUUGAGGAUUAUAUCCCGGAACACAAUGAAGUAACAUCAAAGCUAAGCUGGGAGAUGGAGCAGCAACUUGGUUUUACCACGAUAUCCGACAUUGCUCGUUGACCAGGAAUAUUCCCUUCAUCGAAAUCUCGAAGUAUUUAGGCAAAACAAAUUAAGUACAUACAGGAUUUUUAUUUUUCAAACAAUACUAAAGGUCUAGAGAUCGAUAUAGUUCUGCAUUCGAUCCCAUUAAUUCAUUUUCAAUUUUUAGUUACUCGAUCUAUUAUUCGUGUCUAGAUAAUGUUUGUUUGCUUCAUCCUUUUUUUUAGUGCUAGCUAACAUCGAUCCAAUUUAAUUUUGUUAGACAAGCCUUUUGUACCUUAGCUUUCUUUUUUUCUUUUUCUAUGUAAAUUUGAAAUUUAUAUAUGAUUUUCGUAAUAUUG